AAAAGAUACUUGACAUGAAAGAGGAAUUCGGCAUGCGCAGGUUCUUGAUCAAAUGGAAGAAUUACGACGAUAGGUAAACGGAAAUGAGUAUUAACCGUCUGUCCAUUUCUUUUGCUGUGUUAGGUUUAGCCUUAUAUAUACGAAGUCCUACCUUUUCACGCGUUUUUCGCUGCGUAAUAAUAACGGGCCUCUUAUUUUUAUUUUGCUUCUUAUCUCUCUUUUUCUCUUCUUUGUUUUCUUUUUUAAACAGUGAAAACACUUGGGAGCCAGAGGAUUAUCUCAGUUGUCCUGAAUUACUGGAACAAUUCCUGAAGUCGCGUAAGGCGGAAUCGGCACAACAACAACAACAACAACAACAACAACAACAACAACAGCAGCAGCAGCACGGCGACGACAGCAGGACCAGCACCAGCAGAACAAUACCAGUGACAUUCAAGCUCGAGAAACACAUCCACAUCAUCCUAUAUUAUCAUUAUCAUCGCCAUCAGCAGCAGCCUCAUCCUCACCGCUACCAAAACAAAAACCAUUAAGCAUUUCAGCGAAUCGACCAUCACGAGACCCAAGACUAGCACCUCAGCUAGCACAGCAGCAACAAAGACAACAACAGUCCUUGGCAACAUUACAUAUACCAACAUCGACACAUCCUU